AGAAUUUCUUCUUUGAAAUGUGUCAAAAUUCUAUUUUCAAAAUCAGUUUAUAAUGAAUAGCUUCCAAUCUAAGUAUCACGUCAUCAAUAAAAUUGGUGAAGGAACAUUUUCCGAUGUAAUUAAAUGUAUAAAGAAAACAACUGGUGAUGAGUACGCGGCGAAACGUCUCAAGAAAAUCUGCCGAUCGCCUGAAAAUGUAGAAAAAUGUGCCGAAGUAAUCGCAUGGAGGAACGUGUCUUACCAUAAUAAUAUUUUGAACAUGAUCGAAUAUUACUAUGAUUACUUUACAGGACAAGUGGUUUUCAUUUUUCAGAUGAUGGACAUGAGCCUGUAUGAAUAUAUAACUCAUAAAAAAUAUCCGUUAUCAGAGGAUAAAGCUAAAUCAUUUGUCUACCAAAUUAUAUGUGGCAUAAAUCAUUUACAUAAAUCAGGAUUUUUUCAUAGGGAUAUUAAACCGGAAAAUAUACUAAUACAAUUCACAAAUAAGGGAGAGAACGUAAAAGUGGGUGAUUUUGGUUCGAUCCGGGGUAUCUACAGCUCACAUCCUUAUACAGAAUACAUUUCCACGAGAUGGUACAGAUCGCCAGAGUGUCUUUUAACAAUUGGUCAUUAUAGCAGCAAAAUGGAUAUCUGGGCUAUUGGUUGUGUUUUCUACGAAUUGCUAACAUUUAAACCUUUAUUUCCUGGUGUUAAUGAAAUUGACCAGUUAGCAAAGAUACACAAGAUUAUCGGAGUUCCAAGUAGAAACGUUUUAAAUAAACUUCAACCAAAUAAGUGUUUUAGAUCGAAAAAUGCGAUACAAUUCCCCUACACUUCUGGUAUCGGUCUUCAGGUGCUGUUGCCCAAAGUUUCUAGGGAAUGUCGCAGCAUCAUUCUACAGAUGUUGGAGUACGACCCGGUGAAACGAAUUAAUGCAAAACGACUCCUAAAAAAGGCAUACUUUUUGAGUCUUAAGUACAAUGAAUCGGAAAAGCAUAAGAAAUCCGACGAGAAAAUAAUCAAUGAAAAGACAACCAGAGCGCUAAAAUCACCUAAACGUAAAACGAAAUCACCACUCCCGCAAGCUACACAUCCUCGCAGCAAAUCAACGGGCAUACCACAGAAUACACGAAGUACUGUAAAACAGAAAAGCAGACGACGUGUUUCACCUCGCAAACAAAACACUUCCAAAUCAGUUCGUACGUCGCAGUUCCAACAUUCCGGUCGGAUGCAUCACAGGUUAAACGUUAUCGUUGGCCUGAUGACACUGCGUAGAUCAAACAUACGAAGUAAAAAAACGUAAUCAGAUAUUUUAAAUAACUAGUUCACAGAAAGUCGGUUUCCUAAAUGGCCGCAGUUUACUAAAGCGUAUUGAUGUUCCGAGUAGAGGGGUCUAUCAUUUUCGAAUCAGUAUAUUAUAUUAUUAUCACAUUUUGUAAAUAUUGAAUAGUUGAAAAUGCAUAUUUCUUUAAUUAUUAAAGCUGAUUUAAUAUUAGAAAUCCAAGGACUAUACUUUAAUCGACCAGUAAUGAUUGGUAAUUCUUGAAAACCAUCUCUCUAAUGUGUAGAAUUCCUGCCAUCUUUCCAAAAAUUUGUAUAAUCAGUUUGAAAUCAGCUUUAAAGUAAUUUUAUCUUCAAUUGUGCAACUAAAUGUAUAACGUAUAUUAAACUCACGUCAUAAAAUAUUUAAAUUAUCCUAAUAACACAAGUUCACUUCUCACAUAAAUUUAUUACAUUCAUCUAUUUGGAUGUAAGAUCUUCAUCUUCUUUGAGCAACUGGCUUAGAUUUAUUUUUGUAUAUCUAUUUGCCUGAUAACUUCCUACCAAGAUCAAUCAGUUCAAUUAGUAAUUGAAUAAUAGGCUGAAAUCUUUAAAAUUAAGUUCAACGAUUUCACCAAUUGUUGACUCACAAUUUAAGUUA